UCCGUGAUGGAUGAGAGAUGACAGAUCGGGGUUAGCCGCCAGGGGAGUCCGUUUUCCUCCAGCGCACGGUCCAACCCGAGCAGGAAGCGAAAGAGGAGAGGAAUCGGUCGCAGGAGGAGGAAAAGCCGAGCCUCCUCCUCCUCCUCCUUCCCUCCGUUUGACUCUCCCUCCUCUCCACUUGAGUGCAUCACAGUCCAGCGGGGUUUUGCACGGACUGCACCGCAUUGCUGAUUCUGCUGUCGCCGACCCAACCCUGUGAAGGACCGCUGCAGGCUCGGCUUUGAUCCACACCUGCAAACUUGGACCUUUAGGAAAUGCAACGAUUUCUCCUUUCCUCCCCUCUCUGAUCCGGGUUUCGGUUCACUGCUCUGCUCGGUGAUGUAAAGACUUGGAGCUGCGCUUUGGGGAUAUCGCAGCGGCACCGCGCAAGCAUGCACAACUGACUGGGAUUUUACAAGUUUGUGGAGCUCAUGUCGCAAAUGCAGCACGGAUCCAGACAUGUAUGGUGUUGUUUCCAACACGGGUGUGAGGAAGAUCUCCCGGCUACCAUGAAGGUCUGAUGAUGCACCCGUGAGGACUUGAGCCGCGCCAUAAUCUCUGGAUCAUGCAGAUUAUGCAGCCUGGGACGCUGGUUGUGUUACUGGCCCACACACACGUGCUUUUAUCCCUUAGAAACGAUGAAAGUAAGGAGAGCAGAAGCAGCACCGCGUCCUCCAGUGGGACUUUUCACGAGCUGCCCCGGGAGAGUCACCAAAGCAAAGCCCGGGACCGUGCGCUCCCGGCGGGCAACGCCACAGGUGCGUCCUCAGCGGAGCUGCAGGCGCCGCGGCCGAUCAUCAGAGGGACCCUCAACUCCACUCACCCCUCGCGGAGGGUAAUUGGGGGGGAAAUUAGGCGAAUCGGGCACAACAAACGCGACUUGAAUAGGACCGUGACACCCUUGGAGGAUAUCAGCGGCGUCUCGCACUGGGACGCGACGCGCCGCCAUAAUAGGAGGAUAAAGUUGCUCAGUAGUACGGGGACGCCGGCAGGUGGACACUACAAUGCAGCUAAGCCUUCUUCAAUAGAUGAAGCGGGUCCAGAGGAGGGUGAUAAGUACAUAAGAGGCACAAAGGACGGACAGAAGAAAGCGGGGAAGAGGGGGAGAAACCGGCAGAACAAAAGCUCCGGGGUAGUGGUGCAGCCUCACGCGUCGCCGUGGGAACCCAUCCCCAAACCGGUGGCCCUCACCUCCACCGACCUCCCCUUCGACCUUUUUACCAGGAAGUCUGAGUUCUUCACAUUCAGAGAGGAGAACCCCUGGGACGCCACACCAAUCACCCCUCCCGGCUCCCAGGAUUUUGGGGACGAGAUCAAGAACCCUUUCUACCCGGUGACGAGUGAAACUUUCGGCGCGUACGCGAUCACGGGCGUCUCCGGCGUCAUCUUCCUGGUCGGCAUCGCGGGCAACAUUGCCAUCCUGUGCAUCGUGUGCCAGAACUACUACAUGAAGAGCAUCUCCAACUCCCUACUGGCCAAUUUGGCUGUCUGGGACUUUGCGCUCAUCCUCUUCUGCCUUCCCAUGGUGGUUUUCCAUGAGCUGACAAAGUCCUGGCUGUUGGGAGAAUUCACCUGCAAGGUGGUGCCAUACGUGGAGGUUGCCUCCCUGGGUGUGACAACCUUCACCUUGUGUGCUCUGUGCAUCGAUCGCUUCCGUGCUGCCACUAAUGUCCAGAUGUACUACGAGAUGAUAGAGAACUGCACAUCUACAACUGCAAAGCUGGCAGUCAUCUGGAUCGGUGCCCUCCUCUUGGCCCUCCCAGAGCUCCUCAUCCGACAGCUGGUGACCGAGGACACGGGACUCCCGGACGAGCCUCCGGUCGAGCGGUGUAUCAUCAGGAUAUCCACCUCUCUACCUGACAUACUCUAUGUGCUGGGCCUGACCUACGAGGGUGCUCGGCUGUGGUGGUGCUUUGGCUGCUACUUCUGCCUCCCGACCCUCUUCACCAUCGGAUGCUCGCUAGUAACUGCGCGCAAGAUCCGGCGUGCGGAGCAGGCCAGCGUGCGCAGCAACAAGAAGCAGAUUAGGCUGGAGAGCCAGAUGAACUGUACCGUCGUGGCGCUGGCGAUCGUCUACGGCGCAUGUGUGGUGCCGGAGAACAUCUGCAACAUCGUCUCAGCGUACAUGGCAGCUGGUGUUCCGGAGCAGACCAUGUCGAUCCUGCACCUCCUCUCCCAGCUACUGCUGUUCUGCCGGGCCGCUGUGACGCCAGCACUGCUGCUUCUGCUGUGUCGCCCACUGGGCAGGGCCUUCCUGGACUGCUGCUGCUGCUGCUGCAAUCACGCGCCUUCCUCCACCACAGCCAGUGAUGAUAACGAACACGAGUGUACGACCGAACUGGAGCUGUCCCCGUUUAGCACUAUCCGCAGGGAGCUGAGUAACUACACACCAGCUGGCUCCAACUGCUAAAAUGGCCGUCAUUAUCAGGGAGGGAGGUUUUACUGGCCAGCUACCUGCCUACAGCUAGUGUUUUUAUACUUUGCUAGGAGUGAUUUGCCUUACCUAGUCCACUUUUAAUAUCAAUAAGUGCACAAAUGGGGUUAGGCACCAAAAAACGAAGCUGAAUCAUCCAGGACUUCUUUGAAAAUGUUUCUUUUUACUCAAGGCCAGGGGAGCUACAGGGACCGUGGAUACUUUUAGCAGUCCUGCCUGAAACCUUUAAGACUCACAGAUGGUCCUCCUGCAGGGUGUGGUUGCCCUGCAGGAGGAAGCGGCUGGUCUGAUCAACAAGGAAUCGAAUUCUGGAAUUGAAACUAGAAUUUUUAACAAUAAGUGCAGUCCGUUAUAAAAUUGUGAGAUAAAUGCCUUGCCAUAUUAGCUAAGUUUUUUUCCUUAAGGGGAGCCCUGUGCCGUUCAGCUAAGUGGAGAAAUAAUCAGUGCCAAUCACCUUAAAUUAUGCCACUGUUACAUUUCAGAGGACCAGGGUGAUUAAUUGUAGGGUGCAUUUUGUAUAAUAAUUCAGAUACAGCUAAAUAUGUUGGCUCGCACUGCCUAAAGAAGUACUGUGUUUACAGACCACAUCAGCUGCAAACAAUAGAACGGUGCAUAUAGGGGAAGAAGGCUUAGUAUAAUUAAAGCAUCUCAGUGGUUCUAACACUUUGCAAAAGAAAACCUCAAACAGGAGAAUCCAGAAGUCCUCAGAAACACUCUGGAAAAUAUCCUCAGAACUAACAGGAGCUGGUCUCAGAGUACUAAAGACACAGACUUAAUGGGAUUAAACGGUUUUAAAUGAACUAACUGAAGCUGAAUUAGAGCUGAUUGAAGCCAAAUGGAAUCAAAUGCAAUGCUACAAAUUGAAUUGAACAGAGUGAAUGCGGAUGGAAUGGUUUUUAAUGGCGAUUUACUGGAAAGGAUGGACAGAAGUCUGAAGUAUCUGCACUACACUGUUGUAUUGUGUUACGCUUUACACUUUGGGGGCUGUAUAUACUCUGUACACUUUCUUUGGUGCUGUUAUGAUGAAUGUGCUGUGAACAACAAAUCCAUAGGUUCGAUGUAGAAGCUCAAGAAUCUGAGAUGUUGUUUGUUUCCAGUCAAGAAGACGAAUUACAACAAUCUGCUACUUUAGAGUAUGAAACAACGUCAGGAUAAAAACUAUUUUAUAAAUCAAUAGAUACUUUUGUUGAACAAUUUUCCCCUGAUCUGGCCUUAAGUACUAGUUGGCAGCACUUUAUUCUACAGUGAUUACAGUACUAAUGGUUUAAGGUUAUUAGCUCACUGUAACUACACCUAAUAUGCAAUAAUUUAUGAGUUUAAUGGUUAUGAUAGUACAGAAAUAUAAUCACUGGUUUUCUGUAAUAUAUUACAGCAAUAAUAAUAUGUAUAUAGAAAUGUUAACUUAGUGUCACACCGUACAUCCUAAAGUUUUACACAUUGUAAUUAAAAGAAUGAAAUAUUUUUUACAGUGAAAUAAAUUUAUACAGUCAUGUUAGCUAAAUGGCCUCUGAAUUUAACAGGCAGCCAAUGUAGGGAAGCUAAGACAGGAGAGACAUGAUCUCUAUUUUUAAUUCUCAUCAGAACUCUAGCUGCAGCCUUUUGGGCAAGCUGAAGACUUAACUACAUUCUGUGGACUUCCUGAGAGUAAUGAAUUACAGUAAUCCAGUCUUGAUGUAAUAAAUGCAUGAACUAAUUUUUCUGCAUCACUCCUGGAAAGGAUGUGUCUAAUCUUAGCAAUAUUCUGAAGGUGGAAAAAGGAAAUCCUACAAACCUGUUUAACGUGGGAUUUGAAUGACAUGUCCUGGUCAAAGAUAACACCAAGGUUACUUACUUUGUUCUUGGAGAUUAAUUUAAUGCCAUUCCAGUCAGGUGAUUGACUAAGCAAUUUCCUUUUCUGGAUUUCAGGUCUAAAGAUGAGAACUUCAGUCUUGUCUUGAUUUUAAAGCAGAAAGUUUUGAGUCAUCCAAUUUUUUAUGUAUUCAAGACAAGCCUGUAAUCUACCCAACCGAUUAGGUUCAUCAAGUUUAAUGGAUAGAUAUAACUGAGUAUCGUCAGCAUAACAGUGGAAGAGUAUCCCAUGCUGUCUAAUGGUUUUACCAAUUGGAAGCAUAUAUAUUGUAAAAAUAAUUGGUCCAAGCACUGAACCCUGUGGUACUCCACAAGUAACCCUGGAGUAUGAAGAAGAUUUGUCAUGUAGAUUUAAAAAAUGAAAUCUGUCAGACAGGUAGGAUUUAAACCAGCCUAACGCUGUUCCUUUGAUCCCUACAACAUGUUCAAGUCUUUCUAAAAGAACACUGUGAUCAACUGUGUCAAAGGCAGCACUGAGAUCUAACAAGACUAGAACAGACACAAGAUUCUUAUCUGAGGCCAUGAGAAUAUCAUUUGUAACUCUCACUAAUGCAGUUUCAGUACUGUGAUACUCUCUAAAACCAGACUGAAAUACCCCAAACAGAUCAUUAAUGUUUAAAUGCUCACAUACUUAGUUGGCCACUAUUUUCUCAAGGACUUUGGAUAAAAAUAGAAGGUUAGAUAUUGGUCUAUAAUUCAUUGGGUCAUCUGGAUCCAGAGAAGGUUUCUUAAGUAAAGGUUUGAUUACAGCAACCUUAAAAUCCGGAGGUACGAAUCCAUUUACUAUGGAUAGAUUGAUUAUAUCUAGAAUGUGGGCAGUAACCAAAGGAAAUGCAUCUUUAAAUAAUUUGUUGGGAUUGAAUCUAAAAUUCGGCUGCGCAGUGGCGCAGUGGUUAGAGCUGUUUCCUUGCAGCGAGAAGGUCCUGGGUUCGCUUCCUGGCCUGGAAUCUUUCUGCAUGGAGUUUGCAUGUUUUCCCUGUGCAUGUGUGGGUUCUCUCCGGGUACGCCGGCUUCCUCCCAUAGCCCAAAAACAUGACUCUUAGGUUAAUUGGUCUGUCUAAAUUGUCCUUAGGUGUGAGUGUGUGUGUGCGCAUUAUUGUUUGUCCUGUGUGUCUCUGUGUUGCCCUGCAAUUGACUGGCUCUCUGUCCAGGGUGUACCCCACCUGAUUGCCCAUUGAUCGAUGGAGAUAGGCACCAGCCCCCCGUGACCCUACGUGGACAAAGCGAGUUCAGAAAAUGGAUGGAUGGAUCUAAAAUUCUUAUUCUAAAUAUUAUUUGUUCCAUUAUCAUCAAAUAUAAUUUGCUGCUCAAGACAAGAAUUAUAAAUUUAAAUCAUGCAAUUUCAUCUAAUUCAAAGGGAAACUCAAACCACGGUUUAAUAAAAGCAUACAGAAAUUAUUCUAGAUAAGCCAUCCAUCCACUAUUACAUGCUAAUGCUAAUGUCUUUAGUUUUUAUAAAAGUUUUUUUUUUAGACUUGCAGAAACCAUCCAAACACCUUAAUUCCUCAGAUGCAAAAAGUUUUCCACUAAUUUUGACUAUUUUGGUGCAAAAUAGUAAUAUUUGUGUUAGUUUUAUAUGCUGACUGAACAUGAAAUUAGUCGUCUACCCUUCUUCCUCCUGAGUUAGCUUCUGAUGGAAAAAGACAGAAAAACUCUUGGUUCACAAAACCCUGACAGAUCUACGUCAUGCUAUCACUUCACAUUCAUGGACUCACCCAUCUUGACUCACAGCGGGAAGGCGUUGGUUUAGCAUCCAGGAAACAGCAUCAGCUAGUGCAAGCUAACCAUUAGCUUUAGCAACUCCAUCAUGCAGAACUCCUACCGGCGUGUUGACCUUUAAAACAGGAAAAGUUUAAUUAUUAAUCACUUCAUCAUACAAUAAAACUACUUGAAAUUUGUUCUGCAAAAUUUUAGAACAUUAAUAAUAAUUAGAUACAUUCAUUUGAGCAUUAGUUUCAUUUAAAAAAAAUUAGCACAAUGAAGGCUGUGUUAGAGUAGCAACCGUCUGCUUACAUUGAUAAAGUUAAACCAAAUGGUCUAAAAGGGAUAAAUACAUCAAAUACAUUUUGAUGGAUAUUAUUUCUGAAAACAGCAAAUGUGUGCUGUAUUCACCAAGAUGAGUUGUGUUGAUUUAUGCAACACAUAAUUAUAUAUAAAAAUCAAGUACUACUGCUUUUGAAUUUCACUUGAAAAAGAAAAUGUCUUUCCCCUGCCAAGUCCUUUCAAUCAUGAAAACAGUUUAGUGGAGAUUUUAAACAGUUUGAAUUAUAAGGCCUUUAUUACUCGAGCUUCUAAAGACAACCAAGGAAGUGUUUUCCACAGCGCAUACAUCCACAAGUGUAUUGUACUGUAAAGUUUUUUUUAUUACUAAUCAUACCUGGGUCAAAAUAAAGGCUCAGUCAAUUUUAUUUAUUAAUAUUAGAAAUUUCACUAAAAACUCAGAAGGGUGUUGCACACAGGUGCUUAAACCGACCACAUUUCUGCUCUUACUGGUUUUAUUUGAACAUUUAUAGUAGUGACAGAGUCCCCGAUGACCCAGGUUUGAUGUUCAUUGGUAAACCGUGUCGUACUUGCAUACAAGUCUGCACUGCCAAACACCUCGUCUCUGUCUCUCGUGCUCUUGUGGUGGUAGCUCUCUAAUCUCUGGCAGUCUCUCUCAGCACAGAAGCCAGCUUACUUUUCUUUUAGCCCCAUCGUUACAAAGAAGAAUCCUCUUCCCUUAAAGCAUAAAUCUGACACCAUACUUUGGCUCGGGUGAUCUCCAAACAAUGAGCUCAAGGAGAUCCAGGUGGAUGCAGUCUGUGGCCAGCACAUUAAUCAUCAGCUGUGCAACACCAUGCAGCCUGUUGGACAGAGGCCUUUCAUUACAAUCGCCAUCAUUAUUGAGGGCCGAUGAGUAAACCCCUCUUGGGAUCUCAGUGUUUAUUGCACUACUAUUAAAUACGUUUUUUACAACUUUGGCAGGAUUCAUUUUUGAUUUUCCAUCUAAUGUAAAGAGUGUCUUCAUAGACCACCUGCUUACCGAUGAGACUAUUAUGUAAACUGGCUUCUAAACUUUUUCUCGCUGCAUAUUUCCAGAAGUAUAGCUCAUAAAUGGCUCCGUGUGUAGUAACGUGGUUGAAAUAUUGAUGAAGUGAAUCUUGUUAAUCAGUGAGAUGUUUCUUCUGAAAUGUUAUGAUUAUCCUCUUCACUCUGAGGUCAAUGUGUUUGUAUUUGAUACCUGAACAUGUAAGCACACAGCCACAGUCAUGUCCACGUCUAGUCACUGGUUUCUAAAUAGCUUUUUAUAUAGCCAAAAAUUGUUCACUUUGUUUAUCAAAGAACUUUAUCUUAGAAACUGUAUAUUAAAAUCCUAAAUGUGUCA